AUGACUGUUGCAACGGAGAAGAAGAAAAAGCCCUAUUUCGGACUCACGGGAGGAUGGCUCACCUUCUGGGUUACGGUGGCUUGUGCUACCGACAUGUCUUUGUUUGGUUACGACCAGGGAGUCUUCAGCGGCGUGGUGAUCACGCAAAACUUCCUCGAGGUCCAUGAUCUCGUCGGGCCUACAAAGACGAAGGCCCUCUCCACGGUGACAGCCAUUUAUGACGUAGGAUGUUUCUUCGGUGCCAUCAUCGCAUUCACUAUUGGCGAACGACUAGGACGGAAAAAGGCAAUUAUGCUGGGAACUACUAUUAUGGCUGUAGGCACCAUCCUCCAGGCCAGCUCGUUCAGUCUACCGCAGAUGUUUGUUGGACGGGUUAUUCUUGGAAUUGGUAAUGGAAUCAAUACGGCCACUGCUCCCAUUUGGCAGACUGAGACAUCACAGUUGAAAUGGCGUGGUAAACUCGUUAUCCUCGAGAUGCAGAUGAAUAUCGCCGGCUUUUGCCUCGUCAAUUGGAUCAACUAUGGGUUCUCCUACGUUGGUGGUCCCGUUGCUUGGCGAUUUCCGCUCGCCUUUCAAUUUAUCUUCCUCUUUGUUCUAUGGUUUACAACACCCUGGCUCCCGGAGUCUCCUAGAUGGCUUUUAGCGCACGGGAGAGAAGAAGAGGCUAUGGAGGUACUUAGCUGUCUCGAAGCCAAGCCGGUCAACGAUCCUUUCAUUGUUGCGCAGCGUGACGAAAUCGAAUAUAGUGUCCGCUAUGAACGUGAGAAUGCCGUCCGAUGGCGCGACCUCUGGAAGUUACGGAAGCAGGAGAAUGAUACCAAGACCCUCCGACGACUGCUUCUUGGCGCCGGCAGCCAAUUCAUGCAACAGUUCGGCGGCAUUAACAUUAUGUCAUAUUACCUGCCUACUGUGCUUAUGAAUUCCGUCGGACUUCCUGAUGAAAUUGCUCGAUUACUCGCAGCUUGCAAUGCUGUUUCCUACUUCUUUUUUGCUGGGCUUGCGGUUCUCCUAGUUGAAAGAAUGGGCCGCCGAGGCUUGAUGAUUCUCUCAACAGCCAGCCAGUUUUUCUGCUUCCUAGUCAUCACUAUCCUACUUCGAUUCUCCGAGGUAGGGGGAUCCGCAGGCCAAAAAUAUGCUUCGGCGUCUGUUGCAUUCUUUUUCCUUUACUACGGAGCAUUUGGAAUUGGUAUGCUUGGAGUGCCGUGGCUGUAUCCGACUGAGAUCAAUUCCUUGCCAAUGAGAACCAAGGGAGCUGCCCUUGCGACGGCUACAGAUUGGAUCACUAAUUUUGCCAUUGUGGAGGUCACCCCUAUUGGAAUCCAGAAUAUUGGUUGGAAGUUUUGGAUUGUUUGGACUGUGACAAAUGCGGCCUUCCUUCCAAUCCUCUAUUUCUUCUACCCAGAGACAGCCAACCGAAGUCUCGAAGACAUGGAUGCGUACUACAGAACCAAUCCACCUUUGAUUGUGACCACAGAUCCGGAUGCCAUCUCUCGAAAGCGCCCGCAGAAGUAUAUCGAGCGUGAGGACCGGACUAUUGAGAGAAGUGCUGCGGAUAAAGGGCUGAGACUGAGAUCCACUGGAGAAGCAACCCACGUCGAAGAGAUUGAUGAGCAGGAAACAAAGUACUGA